CCAGUAUGCACCACUCAGUACAAACCCCAUCCAACCGAGAUGAUGAAGGCUGCCGUAUGGAUGAACCCGUGGAACAUUGAACUUAGAGACGUGGCCAAGCCAGUCAUCACCGAGCCUGCCGAUGCCAUUGUCCGUAUCACGCACAAUACCAUAUGUGGCUCAGACCUACACUUGUACGCGGGCGAGCUUAAAGACUACACACGACAGGGCAUGAUUAUGGGCCAUGAAGCUAUUGGCUUUGUGGCCGAGAAAGGCAGCGAUGUGAAACAAGUAGAAAUUGGCGACCGUGUUAUCAUCCUACCCAUUAUCGCGUGUGGGAAAUGCAGCUAUUGCGAACGGAAGGAGUUUUCUCUGUGUGAUAAUACAAACCCAUCAAAGAAAAUGGAGGGGCAAUAUGGGUAUCGUAUAUCGGGCUCUUUUGGCUUUUCCGAUGUCAUGGGUGGCUUUCCGGGGGAUCAAGCGGAGUACUGCCGUGUUCCCAAUGCCGAUUUAACCUGCAUAAAAGUGCCAGUUCACAUGGAUCCAAAGAAACUACUAGGUCUGGUAGAUGUGACAACCGCAGCGUGGCACGGAUGCGAACUGGCUGAAGUGGGUAAGGGAGACGUUGUCGGAGUAUGGGGAUGUGGCCCAGUUGGGCUCUCAAUCCAGCGUCUCGCAAUGAUACGCGGAGCGAGUAAAGUAUACGCCAUCGACAAAGACCCCAACAGGCUCAAAAUCGCCGAGACACAUGGCAUGAUACCCGUGGACCUUGUCCCUCACUCUAAUGUUUCCGACUAUAUCCUUUCGGUGCAACCCAAUGGACUGGACUGCGGUAUUGAAGCCAGUGGGUUCCGGAGCAUCAACACGACCAAGCAUUUGGCCAUGCGGACGACAGGCGCAGAGACAGACAGCGGGGAUACAGUCCAUGCAGUGCUCAAGUCCACCCGGAAAGGUGGCCAUGUUGCUCUUAUUGGGGAUUUCUUUUACGGCACGAAUGAUUUCCCAAUUGGUAUGGUAAUGCAAAAGGGUAUUACGAUCAGGGGUGGUUAUUUGCCUGCUCAAAAGUAUUAUCCCCAGCUCUUGGAACUUGUCCAAACCAAAUAUGACCCUUCAUGGAUGUUUACUCAUGAUGAUGAGUUUGAGAAUAUCGGCAAGUACUAUAAACUAUUUUCACGUCAUCAAGUUCCGGGAGGACUCAAAGUUUGCCUGACGACAGCAUACGGCCGCAGUAUACAGGCUUAG